UUUAUUGAAGCCACUUUGAAGAAGGCGCUCUCAAGUCUGUUUGCCGUUACACAGAUCCUCGUCGGUGACUCAAUAACUGCACUAGUUAGGAAGUUGCAAAACUUGCAGAAACUUUGACGGGUAACUUUUUUUUUUUUUAAAGAGACAGUUUUUAAAAGGUAUCGAACUUUUUUUUUGGACGUCUCCACUUGCGAGCAUGACGCGGAGGUCGUGCGCUAUUUACGCGGUGGGCGUCAUCAGCGCCAUCCUAAUCAUCUUGGGCAUCAGCCUAACCGCUUCGCAAGCUUUCCGCAAGCUGAUGCACAACCGUCUCAAGAAGGAAAUUGUUUUGGUGGAGGGUAGCCGAGUGUUUGAGCCAUGGAAGAGACCCCCUCCUCCCGUCUAUAUGGAGUACUUCUUCUUCAACGUCACCAACGCGGCUGAGUUCCUCGCCGGGAAAAAGCCGGUCGUCAACCAGGUCGGGCCCUACACGUACAGGGAGUACCGCUACAAGGACAACGUGACCAUGGUGAACGACGGCAAAAUGGUGUCGGGAUACAACACUAAAAGCUUUGUGUUUCUGAGAGACAAGUCUGUCGGUGACCCGACGAUGGAUAACAUCACCACUGUUAACAUCCCUGCCUGGGCGGUGAUGAACAAAGUGAAAGACAGCUACUGGAAAGCCACGGCCUUGUCCGUGAUGAUGACCUCCGUUAAGAGUGAACUGUUCACCACUCGCACCGUGGACGAAUUGCUGUGGGGCUACGAGGACCCCCUGCUGACUCGGGUCGCUGUGUCCAAGCCCGAAGUCGAGACCACGUUUGGGCUUAUGUAUAAGAAAAAUGGAAGCAACGACGGGGAAUUCAUCUUUCACACGGGGGAGCAGAAUUAUUUGGAUUACGGCCGAGUGGAAACAUGGAAAGGUCAAAGUCAGCUGACCUUCUGGAACUCCAACCAGAGCAACAGCAUCAACGGGUCUGACGGAAGCGCCUUCCAUCCCCUCCUGAAAAAAAACGAGCGCAUUUAUAUCUUCACCCCGGACCUUUGCAGGUCCAUCCACAUGGAGUUUGAGAAGGACGUGGAGGUGAGGGGCAUCCCGGCAUUCCGCUUUACGCCGCCGCGUUCCGUCCUAGCUAGCAAGGAGGAAAACCCGGCUAACGAGGGUUUCUGCGUCACCCCGAAGAAGUGCCUCGGAACGGGCCUCCUCAAUGUCAGUCCUUGUCGGAGAGGUGCUCCAGUCGUGGCCUCUUUUCCUCAUUUCUACCUCGCAGACUCCAAAUAUGCAGAAGCUAUCGGAGGAAUGUCCCCUGAGAGAACUCACCACCAAACCUACCUCGACCUCAACCCGACCACUGGGAUAAUUGUACGUGCAAACAAGAGAGCGCAGAUCAACAUCUUAAUGACUAGAAUUGGUGGAAUUCCAAAAACUAGAGGUCUAAACAACACCAUCUUCCCCGUCAUGUUCUUGAAUGAGAGCGUGGUUAUGGACGAAGCGUCGGCGGCCAGAGUUCACAAGCUGCUAUCCAUCGUCAAGGUGGUGUCCAACUUCCCGCUCAUUUUCGUGGCCCUGGGUCUCAUCAUGCUAUUGAUCCUGAUUGUCCUGCUGAUACGCGAGCGCAAGGAGAAGGACAACGCUGAGGAGAACACGUCUUACUCCCCGGUGAACGAAAAGGAAAAAGAAGAUCCUCAAAAUGGAUCGUACAUCGGCCUGACGCCCAAGGUGGACGCGCAAGCUUGAGAUGUUUGGGAGUAGGAAACGCCGCUGCCAAUCUCCCCGUCACCCGCUGAAAUUAAUCUGUCAGAGAAGACGCAUGUCCUCGUUUAUUUGCCGACUUAACCAGCUUGCCACUUACAGAUGACAACAUUUAGAGACGCAAUCAAAACAAACAUGACUGGAAUGGGGUUGGAAUCAAUAUUUCACUUUUCGACUGUUAUGAAGGAAGGAAAUUAACACCGGUUGUCAGUAUUAAAUCAUGCACUUGAAAGUAAAUGUUACAAAAUUGUUUGUGUAUCUAAAAAGCAUUUUUCAUGUUUGAUGACAGGAUUUGGAGAUGCUCAAAAAUCCUCUUUGUGGGAUAAGCGUCAGACAAAAAACAAAACUGUAUAGUUUGUAAAAUAAGAUCGAUUUUCUUGUAAAUUUUCAUGUAGAAACUGUCCAAAUGAAAAACAUUUAGGUCUGCUAGAGUGGGUCAACAAUCCAUACUGUAAUGUUACAACUCAGUGUUUUAUUUGAAAAAAGUGCCUCAGCCUUCAGGCUUCUACUGGUAUCGAUAAAGUGAUUUUUAUUUUUGAAAUUGUGUGAUGCUGCAGUGGAGCCACAGCGAUAAAGGUGUCAUCAUUGAUGGAACUGUGCUGCCUGUAAAUACUCUUUUUAAUGCUCUGUUCUCGCAAUCAUGCGUCAAGUGUGUAGUUUGACUUGAGUUGUCUCGCAAAGCUUUUAACAUUGUUUAGAAAAUCGCUACUCCGAAACUUGAUUUUUUUUUUUUUUUUUAAACACAGCGGAGCCCUUUUCUGCUAUUAUCAUUUUGUGUUGUUUUUAUUAGUUAAUUUCAAACAAAUACUAUAAAUGUAUCGAUUUUUUUUGGUUGAGUUCAUCCCUUGUAUUUGCCAUAACAUCUGAAGGACUGCAAUGUUCUGUUAUGUUGCCGUUUUUAAAUUUGAGGUCUUUUAUUUUGAAUAAAGUCAUCAUUUAGAAUGACGUUGUUAUUAUAAAAGUGACGAUUUAUGGAGAGCGCAUUCUGUAGUCGAAGUUCACAAUCAUCGAGUUUUUUUAUACGAUCUUCAAAA